AUGUCAUCGUCGCCUGACUCACAGUGGCUUGCCCAGCUCGAGGCCAUGAGAAAGGCGAUAGACCGCCUCAAGUUGUCCAAGGAUACUGAUACAAACUAUUAUUAUGACGUUGAUCUAAGUGAUGAAGACCUUUCGUCCCCUUCCAUCGACGACAUCUGGGAUAUAAUCAGCGACGGCGACGACACUCUCGACGACCUAGAUGACAUAAACGGCGUCCCUCUCCCGCCCGAGUCCGCAUCGGCCGAGCUUUAUGACCAGACGUGGCUCGAAGGGAGAUGCCGAUCCCUCGCCCAGCGAAACCAGGGCUUAGAUGCCAUUGGACUGCAGCAGCAGUUGAAUGCAAUUCUUGCCACUGACAGCUCCGAUGAGGAGCUCCAAAUGACCCUCGCGGAAGUCAUUGGUUUUGAUGACCUGGAUCUUGUUAUCGAUCUCAUCGCUCAUCGGCAUGAAGUACUGUGUUCUCCUUCCCAGACCGACAAUUCCAUUCUAUCAAAGUUACAGACAAGGGCGCAGAGAGAAGAAGCCCUCCGCCGUCAAGACUUUGAACACAAGCACGCCAAACUUGCCGAUAGGCAGGAUCGGGAGGGCCCUCACUAUCCUCAUGUAUACAAGACCUAUAAUGCUGGCAACACGCUGUCCGUCAAUGGCAGAAAAUACGGGCUUCCUUCCGGUACUACCCAUCGGGAGGAGCCCAGGUACACGGAAUAUGCUGUUCCAGCAACUAAGGUCGGGACCCUUGGCAUCGACCAAAAGCUUGUUCCGAUAUCUGAGAUGGAUGGACUGUGUCGAGGUACAUUUAGGGGCUAUCAAACUCUUAAUCGCAUGCAGAGCUUGCUUUACGAUGUCGCCUACAAGACAAACGAGAAUAUGCUUGUUUGUGCUCCAACCGGUGCUGGUAAAACAGAUGCUGCCAUGCUUACCAUUCUAAACACGAUCGCCAGGUUCACUCUCCCCAGCCCACUGGAAGAACCCCGGGCCUCUGAAUUCGUUGUCCAGACUGAUGAGUUCAAGAUCGUAUAUGUUGCCCCGAUGAAAGCUUUAGCAGCUGAGGUGACGGAAAAACUAGGAAAGCGUCUCGCUUGGCUGGGAAUUGAAGUCAGAGAGUUGACCGGAGAUAUGCAAUUAACAAAACAAGAGAUCGUCCAAACCCAAAUCAUCGUGACUACGCCCGAAAAGUGGGACGUGGUAACUAGGAAAAGUACAGGCGAUACGGAACUGGUACAGAAGGUGCGCCUCUUGAUAAUCGAUGAGGUCCAUAUGCUGCACGACGAAAGAGGCGCGGUCAUCGAGUCCUUGGUUGCACGAACCCAGCGCCAGGUUGAAAGCACUCAGUCGUUGAUCCGUAUAAUCGGGCUCUCAGCAACGCUUCCAAACUAUCUUGAUGUUGCAGAUUUUCUCAAAGUCAAUCGCAUGGCGGGCUUAUUCUACUUUGAUGCUUCUUUCCGUCCGGUUCCGCUGGAGCAACACUUUAUUGGCGUGAAAGGAGACCCAGGAUCGAGAAAAUCUCGAGAAAACCUUGAUAUCGUCGCUUUUGAGAAAGUCCGAGAUAUGCUCGAGCAGGGGCAUCAAGUAAUGGUUUUUGUCCAUUCACGGAAAGACACCGUGAAUACGGCCAGGCUCCUAGCACAAAUGGCUGCUGAUGAGCAAUGCUCGGACUUGUUUAGUCCUGUAGAUCAUGAAAACUAUUCUCAGGCAUUACGGGAUAUCAAAAGUAGCCGUGGACGGGAAAUUCGCGAUCUAGUUCCAAAAGGCUUAGGAACUCACCAUGCUGGAAUGGCGAGAUCAGAUCGCAACCUCAUGGAGCGUCUCUUCUCGGAGGGUAUCAUCAAGGUUCUCUGCUGCACUGCUACACUGGCUUGGGGUGUCAAUCUUCCAGCUGCGGCGGUGGUAAUAAAAGGAACCCAACUGUACAGCCCGCAAGAGGGAAAAUUCAUUGAUUUGGGGAUCCUAGACGUUCUCCAGAUUUUUGGACGGGCGGGUCGUCCUCAAUUUCAAGAUACGGGCAUUGGUUUCAUUUGCACGACACACAACAAGCUGCAACAUUAUAUUUCUGCAGUGACAUCUCAAGAGCCUAUCGAAUCAAGAUUCUCCCGGAAACUCGUGGAUAAUCUCAACGCAGAAAUAUCUCUUGGAACGGUAACUUCUGUCACUGAGGGAGUUCAGUGGCUCGGUUACUCGUAUCUUUUCGUCCGGAUGAGGCGGAAUCCCCAUUCAUACGGUAUUGACUGGGCUGAGAUCCGCGAUGACCCUCAACUUGUUCAACGCCGUCGCGAUUUAAUUAUAAAGGCUGCACGAGUCCUCCAGCAGAGCCAGAUGAUCAUAUUCAACGAACGCACAGAAGAGCUCCGCUCCAAAGAUGUUGGCCGUAUUGCAAGCCAGUAUUAUGUCCUACAGACGAGCGUUGAGGUUUUCAAUACGAUGAUGAAUCCAAACGCCAGUGAUGCAGAUGUGAUGAAGAUGAUUAGCAUGAGUGGCGAGUUCGACAAUAUUCAAUCAAGGGAAAACGAGUUCAAGGAGUUAGAUAGGCUUCGACUAGAAGGCUUAAGAACCGAAGUCGAAGGCACAAACGACAGUCCACAAGCGAAGACCAAUAUACUACUCCAGUCGUACAUAUCUCGCGCUCGGGUGGAGGAUUUUGCCUUGGUAUCUGAUACGGCGUACGUUGCUCAGAACGCUGCACGUAUCUGCCGCUCUCUUUUCAUGAUUGCCCUGAACAGACGCUGGGGCUACCAAUGUCAAGUUCUCCUCUCUAUGUGCAAGUCAAUUGAGAAACAAAUAUGGCCCUUCCAACAUCCAUUUUAUCAGUUUGACUUACCAAGACCUAUCCUAAAGAACCUGGAUCAGAAGUCCCCUGCUUCGUCAAUUGAAAACUUACGGGAUAUGGAGCCAGCAGAGCUCGGACAGCUCGUUCAUAACAAUAGAAUGGGGAACGUACUUUCCAAGUUGCUGGAUAACUUUCCAACAUUAAGCGUCGAACCUGAAAUUGCUCCUUUAAAUCGUGAUGUCCUGCGGAUUCGUCUCUAUAUUUAUCCCGACUUUGAAUGGAACAUAAGGCAUCACGGCACUUUGGAGCCGUAUUGGAUAUGGGUUGAAAACUCGGAGACGUCUGAAAUCUAUCACCACGAAUAUUUUAUCCUCAGCCGGAAGAAGCUCCAUGAUCAUCAUGAAUUGAAUUUUACGAUUCCUCUCUCCGAUCCCCUUCCAACUCAAAUUUAUGUCAGAGCCAUAUCCGACCGGUGGCUAGGUGCUGAAACCGUUACUCCGGUAUCUUUCCAGCAUCUCAUUCGACCGGAUACGGUGAGUGUCUACACUGACUUACUAGACCUUCAGCCAUUGUCUAUUUCGGCUUUAAAAAACCCUGCCUUGGAAGAAAUUUACGGGCAGAGAUUUCAAUUCUUCAACCCGAUGCAGACUCAAAUUUUCCAUACGCUAUACCACACAUCAGCCAAUGUCUUGCUGGGUUCUCCAACCGGGAGUGGCAAAACUGUCGCAGCAGAGCUGGCCAUGUGGUGGGCAUUUCGGGAAAAGCCUGGAUCGAAGGUCGUUUACAUUGCGCCCAUGAAGGCAUUAGUUCGAGAACGUGUACAGGAUUGGCGCCGUCGACUAGCGAUGCCACUGGGCCUCAAACUUGUUGAAUUAACCGGUGAUAACACACCUGACACGAGGACCAUCCGAAAUGCAGACAUAAUCAUUACCACGCCUGAAAAGUGGGAUGGUAUCUCUCGAAGUUGGCAAACAAGAGGUUACGUGCGACAAGUCAGCCUGGUUAUCAUUGAUGAAAUUCACCUUUUGGGAGGUGAUCGCGGCCCGAUCUUAGAAAUUAUCGUCUCCCGCAUGAAUUAUAUCGCAUCUCAAAGCAAAGGAUCGGUACGACUGCUCGGCAUGUCUACAGCAUGCGCUAACGCGACGGAUCUCGGUGACUGGCUUGGUGUGAAACAGGGUCUCUACAACUUCCGCCACUCAGUUCGACCUGUUCCUCUGGAGAUAUACAUUGAUGGAUUCCCUGAGCAGCGAGGAUUCUGCCCAUUUAUGCAGUCAAUGAACCGCCCGACAUUCCUUGCUAUUAAGAAUCACUCACCUGAGAAACCCGUAAUUGUGUUUGUGGCCUCCCGACGACAAACUCGGCUCACGGCAAAGGACUUGAUAAAUUUUUGUGGCAUGGAAGAUAACCCACGGCGAUUUGUAAACAUGUCAGAGGAUGACUUACAGGCUAACCUCGCUCGAGUGAAAGAUGAUGCUUUAAGGGAAGCAUUAAGCUUUGGGAUUGGUCUUCACCAUGCCGGGUUGGUUGAAUCAGACAGACAGCUAGCAGAGGAAUUAUUUGCCAACAACAAGGUCCAAAUCCUUGUUGCCACUAGUACGCUCGCGUGGGGAGUGAAUUUACCAGCCCAUCUCGUCGUGGUUAAAGGAACGCAGUUCUUCGACGCGAAGAUUGAAGCCUACAAGGAUAUGGACCUAACAGACGUGCUGCAAAUGCUUGGCCGUGCUGGUCGUCCGCAGUUCGAUUCUUCAGGUAUUGCACGCAUUUUCACUCAAGAAUCUAAGAAAGCGUUUUACAAGCAUUUUCUCCAUACUGGUUUCCCCGUGGAAUCCACGCUUCACAAAGUCCUUGAUGAUCAUUUGGGCGCCGAAGUGUCUGCUGGUACGAUUACAACCAAGCAGGAUGCUCUUGACUACUUGACGUGGACUUUUUUCUUCAGACGAUUACACAAGAAUCCAUCAUACUAUGGCCUUGAAAUAUCCGUGGAAGAGCACAAUUCAAUCGCGGCUCAACAAAUGGCGGCGGGCUUCAUGAUCGAAUUGGUUGAUAAGUCUCUGGGGGAACUCGCUAAAUCUUCAUGCAUCUCGUUUGACGAAGCUACUGGAUAUGUCGACCCAAGUCCUUACGGGAAGAUUAUGAGUUACUACUACAUUUCCCAUAAGACGGUCCGUUUCUGGAUGUCGCAUGCAAAGCCAGACCCCACGUUUACAGACGCUCUUGCUUGGAUGUGCUCUGCAACCGAAUUCAACGAGCUUCCUGUUCGCCACAACGAAGAUCUAAUUAACGCUGAGCUUGCGCGAAAUUUACCGCUGCCCAUUUCUGCGGUAAGUGCGGAUCUGCCGCUCUGGGACCCUCAUAUCAAAGCCUUCCUUUUACUCCAAGCGUUUAUGUCCCGCGUUGACCUCCCUAUCUCCGAUUAUGUUGGAGACCAAACUUCAGUGCUGGAUCAAGGGAUCCGUGUUAUCCAAGCCUGUAUUGAUGUUUUGGCUGAACUCGGUUAUGCUAAAGGAUGCUGGAUGAUGAUGACCCUAUUACAAAGUAUAAAAUCCGCUAGGUGGCCUGGCGAUCACCCAUUGUCGAUUUUACCAGGCGUGAAUCCUGAAUUUGAGCAGGACAAGAACAUAGACCUUACGAAGGUUCCCAAGAACCUCCUGGAGCUAGUCUCUCUAACACCAGCGGCAACCAAAAAUCUUGUCAAAGUCUUGCGCCUAGACGAAUCAACCGCGACUGAAUUUACGAAAGUAGUAGCCUUACUACCUAAUAUCAAAGUAUCGAUUAUUGAGGUGGCAGAUACAGGACUCAUCGUCGAGCUCGUGCGCCAACAUCCACUAUCGCAUACACGAUCUCGCCAAGACGCUGAGGGAAUUCCAAUCUAUGCACCCAAAUUCCCCAAGCCACAGAUGGAAGGCUGGUUUAUCGUUGUUACGAGAAGUGAGCCGGACGAAGAGGAGCUACUCGCCUUGAAGCGUGUCACUUGGUCGAACAAAGACAAAGACCGGACAAGUCGGGCUCGGGCGAAUGUCACUGCGCGGACGAGGAUUAAGUUGUCUUCUGGAGAGGGAAGAAGGGAUGUGCAUGAUUUGAAAGGAAAAAUGAAAGUGAAGGUCGUGAGUGAUGGGUAUCCGGGAAUGGAAUGGGUGGUUUCUUGCUGAAACAGCCUGAUAAAUUACCAUAUAUGUAUGUCCAUUAUAUACGGAGUACAUACAUUGUGUUACAAAUCGGCCGCUGCGAGCCGCUGCCGUCAAGACCAGGGGUAUGUUAGCACCUAGCAGGGUACAGUCCACCCUGGACCAAAUCUUUGAGC